AUGACUACUCGUCAUGGGAAUUCUUCUUCUCGGAGAAGUAUGUCGAUGACAUCUUCAUCUUCUCGGAAAAAGAAAGCUUAUGAAAAUGGACAUCCUGAUCCUGGUCGCAAAGCUCUCACCAAUUCUCGUUCCUCCGUGGGAUUAACAGGAGAACGUACAGUGAAGCAAUUGCGCCUAUCGAAGGCCUUGACAGUCCCUGAAACUACAACUAUUUAUGAAGCCUGCUGUCGGAUGGCUGCUCGAAGAGCUGAUGCUCUUUUGCUCACCGACUCAAAUGCAUUACUCAGUGGUAUAUUGACAGACAAGGAUAUUGCAAUAAGAGUUAUUGCUCGUGAGAUUGAUUAUAUGAAUACACCUGUCUCAAAGGUGAUGACAAGGAACCCAAUUUAUGUGCUGUCUGAUAGUCUUGCGGUGGAAGCCCUACAAAAGAUGGUCCAAGGAAAAUUUAGACACUUGCCUGUUGUAGAGAAGGGUGAGGUUAUUGCUUUGCUUGACAUAGCAAAAUGUUUAUAUGAUGCUAUCGAACGUAUGGAAAGGGCAGCUGAAAAAGGCAAGGCUAUAGCAGCUGCUGUUGAAGGCGUUGAGAAGCACUGGGGAACAACUUAUCCUGGUCCCAACACGUUCAUUGAAACACUACGAGAGCGAAUGUUCAGACCUUCCUUAUCUACCAUUAUCUCGGAGAAUUCAAAGAUUGUGACCGUUUCGCCAUUCGACACAGUUGUAAUGGCAACAAAAAAGAUGCUCGAGUUUCGUAUUAGCUCUGUCAUUGUAACAGUUGAUAACAAGCCACGAGGGAUUCUAACCUCAAAGGAUAUCUUAACGCGGGUGAUUGCACAAGAUCUUCAAGCUGAAUCAACCUUAGUGGAGAAGGUAAUGACUCCAAAUCCAGAAUGUGCUACUAUUGAUACACCUAUUGUCGAUGCCCUGCACACCAUGCAUGAUGGAAAGUUUUUACAUCUUCCGGUUGUUGAUAGAGAUGGAUUUGUUGUUUCCAUUGUUGAUGUUCUCCAUAUCACUCAUGCUGCAAUAGCCACAGUGGGAAAUGCUACCGGGGUUAGUAAUAACGAAGGAGGAAGUUCUGUGAUGCAAAAGUUCUGGGACUCUGCAAUGGCAUUAUCGCCUAUAGAUGACGAGGAUGAAACUAGGAGCGAGAGUUCGUUGAAAUUAGCUUCUGAAGGGGGAGAAACUGGAAAAUCUCUUCCUUAUCCUUCUUCAUCUCAUCCCAAUUCAUUUGCUUUCAAAAUCCAAGAUAAGCGGGGUCGAAUGCAUAGAUUUAUCUCUGAUUCUCGAAGCUUGACAGAUCUUAUAACCGCAAUACUUCAGAGAGUAGGGGGUGAGAUUGACCGCAACAACCUCCCACAGAUUUUGUACGAAGAUGAGGACCAGGAUAAGGUCAUACUUGCAACAGACAGUGAUCUUGUUGCAGCAGUGGAACAUGCAAGAUUAGCUGGUUGGAAGGGAUUAAAGUUGCAUCUAGAUUAUUCCGGAAUGCCUAGAUAUCGAAAAGGGUCGAAAUCAUCAUCAGCAGCGGUAGGGGUUGAUCAGGCACAUUAUCAAGCAGAUGCAUGGGCUUCUGCAUACAGUGCUGCUGCAGCUGGAGCUGCGUUAGUGGCUGGAUUAGGCGUAUUAGCGUUUUUGAGAAGAUCUGGUAACUGAAAUUAGCUUCGUAACUUCUUAUUGCUCGUGAUUUUUAACAGAUUUCAACAUUUGACGACGCUGAGAUC